UUGACGCCCGAAUCCACCAAUCACCUUAACGUUUCCCAGAGUAGGCGGGACUUCCGGUGUCUCGUAUAAACCAUCUGAGGCCUGCCCAUGCGGUUUUGAUCUGUUGGUGGACGCGAAGCUAACAACUCAAAGACACAAUGGCUGAGAACGACGUUGAUAAUGAGCUGCUCGACUACGAGGAGGAUGAAGAGCCUCAGGGAGCACCGGAGAGCGCUGCCCCGGCAGGAAAGAAGGAGGUGAAGGGUUCCUACGUUUCCAUUCACAGCUCUGGCUUCAGAGAUUUUCUGCUCAAACCAGAGCUGCUCCGAGCCAUCAUCGACUGUGGGUUUGAGCAUCCUUCUGAAGUCCAGCAUGAAUGCAUCCCACAAGCCAUCCUGGGGAUGGACAUCCUGUGCCAAGCCAAGUCUGGUAUGGGGAAGACAGCUGUGUUUGUGCUGGCCACACUGCAGCAGAUUGAACCUGUUGAUGGACAGGUCUCUGUUCUGGUCAUGUGCCACACACGAGAGCUGGCCUUCCAGAUCAGCAAAGAGUACGAGCGUUUCUCCAAGUACAUGCCCUCCGUGAAGGCGGCGGUGUUCUUCGGCGGCAUGGCCAUCAAGAAGGACGAGGAGGUUUUGAAGAAGAACUGCCCGCACAUCGUCGUGGGAACGCCAGGUCGUAUCCUCGCCCUCAACCGGAGCAAAACCCUCACCCUGAAGAACGUCAAGCACUUUGUGCUGGACGAGUGUGACAAGAUGUUGGAGCAGCUAGAUAUGAGGAGUGACGUUCAGGAGAUCUUCAGGAGCACACCCCACGAGAAGCAGGUCAUGAUGUUCAGCGCCACGUUGAGUAAGGAGAUCCGACCGGUCUGCCGCAAGUUCAUGCAGGACCCUAUGGAAGUGUUCGUGGACGACGAGACCAAGCUGACACUCCACGGUCUGCAGCAGUACUACUGCAAACUGAAGGACAGCGAGAAAAACCGAAAACUCUUCGACCUCCUGGAUGUGUUGGAGUUCAACCAGGUGGUGAUCUUUGUUAAGUCAGUCCAGCGCUGCAUCGCUCUCUCCCAGCUUCUGGUGGAACAAAACUUUCCUGCAAUUUCCAUCCACAGGGGAAUGACUCAGGAGGAGAGGCUGUCCCGCUAUCAGCAGUUCAAAGACUUCCAAAGGCGGAUCUUGGUGGCCACUAAUCUCUUUGGCCGAGGGAUGGACAUCGAGCGAGUCAAUAUCGUCUUCAACUACGACAUGCCGGAAGAUUCUGACACGUAUCUGCACAGGGUUGCUCGUGCCGGUCGAUUUGGCACCAAAGGCCUGGCUAUAACCUUCGUGUCUGACGAGACCGACGCCAAGACUCUGAACGAUGUGCAGGACCGCUUCGAGGUCAACGUGGCCGAGCUGCCAGACGAGAUCGACAUCUCCUCUUACAUCGAGCAGUCCAGAUGAGUCCUCCGGCCCGGCAGAAGUCUCCUCUUGAUGGAUCUCAUGGUGUAUUUGGACGUAGACGUACUUCACCGUUGAUUUAAAGCUCUGCUCUGUGCCCUAUGUUCACCAAACUUUAUUUUUAUUGGAGGUUUUUGGGGGGCGGCGGGUGUGGUUGAUUUUAAUUUGUCUUCUACUGUCUGUUUGGGUUUUUUUUUUCUUUGCUUAAUGAUAUUAAAACUUUUUAUAAAAUGCCAUUUUUACUGUUGUUGUUGUCUCUGCCACGUCUUCGUCAGCUUCACUCUCCAGCUGAGCUUCAGGGAGCAUGUAGAAAGUAGUUCAGAGGAUCCUGUAAGAUAAUGUGUUGCCUUUUUGUUUUUGUUUAUUCACAAUGCAAGACGUGGUCACAAAUAAAUAAUCCAAGUAGUCCUGUAGGGACUGUUUUGACCGAUAUGGCAGCUCUUUGAAUUUCCAGUUGAAUGUUUCCAAUAAAGGAAGUCACCAAGUGGA